AGCCCGGUUGUUUGCCCCUUCUAGGUGCCAAAUCCGGGCCGCCUCGCUGGGCCGUCUUGCCGGCCGGAAAUACCGACCACGGUAGCUGUCUUUUGCACGACGUCGUUUAUAUAAACAUGAUUCAAUCCUGCUAGCCAACCGGAAAAAGGGCAUGCCCCAAGGAUUGGGAAACGUUGGGAACGGAAACCGUGAAUCUUAGCCUUGCUGCUAUAACAUACCUUAAGUCGUAUGUUAAUUAAGUUAUCGGCCGCCGUGCUGGACCGGGGCUCCGUCGAGAAAUACUAAAGGAGAACAACUCGCUUGCGGGUCUUCAACAGGUCCGUGGGUUGAGUGAAUGAGUUCCUCAAGACAAGUCUCAACCAUCAUCAUGAAAUCAACAUAUCUUCUGACAGCUGUGGCAUACAGCCUCCAGGUUCAGGCGAGACAAAUACCGGCCGCCGGCGUUAUUGCUCGUCAGUGGGGAGGAGGUGGCGGUUGGGGCGGCAGCGGAGGAGAGACCUGCGAGUGGACAGACCACUGCCUUGGCGACCCCUGUGAGACCGAGAUUGACUGCGACGGCGAUCUCAUUUGCACCAGGGGAAGAUGCGCGAAUCCCAGGGGCAAUCCAACAGUUGGAGGCCCUACCGUGAUUAGGACCACGACCGUCUAUGUCACUGCCUGGCCAACUGCCUCCUCCGCUCCAACCUGCGAGUGGACUGGACAUUGCGCUGGCGACCCAUGCGAGACAGAGAACGAAUGUGACGGCGACAUGAUCUGCCGCUCAGGCCGAUGUGGCGCGCCUCCGACAACCAUCAUCACUAGCACUCGUCGCGUCGUCACCAGCACCCGCCGGGUGACCACUUCCACUCGCCGAGCGACCCCGCCUGUUGUCACCACGACUCAUCGGGUAACCGUCCCCCCUGUUACCACUACUCGCUCGACCGUCCGGCCUCAGCCGACCACGACUCGCGGGCCGACAACGCCUUCGUGCGGUGACAAUCCGCUGGCAUGUAUUGGUGUCAGCUGCGAGACGGAUGCUGACUGUGGCUUUGCCUUGAUCAUAUGCAAGGACGGCGUCUGUGGGCUUUGAUACAGGCAUGAUAGUUUUGAGCGUCCGAGUCUUCUUAGAUAACUGAGCGCUUGUUGCAGCUUCCUUAGGUCGCGGAUCAAAAGUUCGAUCUUGUUCGAUGCUCGAGGCAUUGUCACUUCAUGUUCGACGCCCGGGAAAAGUUCAGUGCAUCUUUCAGUAUAAUACCUAAGCUCAAUGCUACGAUGUAGGACUCUUCAACUGCACGUUUUGUGGACAUCAUCAGAGACCUGCUGUGUUCUGUCAACUAAUACAACGUCUUUGUCCUUGAUCAAUC